UUAUUCAUUCCGAAAUCCGACCCGAGACCCGAGUUGCUCUAUCGAUCGUGGUAGAGGUGUGCGCACAGUAGUGUAAUGUAAUUAGAAAAAAUAGUGUUGGUUUAUUAAUUUAAAGUGAAGAUUUUUUUUUGAGCAUAUCCCAAAAUGGCAUCGUUAUUCCGAAGCGCGGAAAUGACCCUAUGUCAGCUUUUCUUACAAAGUGAGGCCGCAUAUGCUUGUGUCUCCGAAUUGGGCGAACUCGGUCUAGUACAAUUCAGAGAUCUGAAUCCUGACGUCAACGUAUUUCAAAGAAAGUUCGUCAAUGAGGUCCGCCGAUGCGACGAAAUGGAAAGGAAACUCCGUUACUUGGAGAAAGAAAUCAAGAAGGAUGGGAUUCCCAUGUUGGACACGGGCGAAAACCCGGAAGCUCCCCAACCAAGAGAAAUGAUCGAUCUCGAGGCCACUUUUGAAAAACUCGAAAAUGAAUUGAGGGAAGUCAACCAGAAUGCUGAAGCACUCAAAAGAAACUUUCUGGAACUCACUGAACUCAAACAAAUACUAAGGAAAACGCAGGUGUUCUUCGACGAGCACGAGGGGGGUGCAAACCCCACUGAGUCUAUGACCAGGGCCCUCAUUAGUGACGACUCUAUAGCCCGACAAAGCACCCUAGGCCCCGUGCAGUUGGGUUUUCCGGAAAAACAAUUUGAAUCAGAGGAGUUCUUCCCAUGUUUUGUCGCCGGUGUUAUUCUCCGAGAACGUAUUCCAGCAUUCGAACGAAUGCUAUGGAGAGCUUGUCGCGGUAAUGUUUUUUUGCGUCAAGCUGAAAUCGAAACGCCUCUUGAAGAUCCGUCGACGGGUGACCAAGUGUAUAAAUCCGUGUUUAUAAUCUUUUUCCAAGGAGAUCAAUUAAAAACACGCGUGAAAAAAAUUUGUGAAGGUUUUCGCGCAACUUUAUAUCCAUGUCCUGAAGCGCCCGGCGACCGCCGUGAAAUGGCAAUGGGGGUCAUGACACGAAUCGAGGAUCUCAAUACUGUUUUGGGGCAAACUCAAGACCACCGACAUAGAGUCCUAGUCGCGGCCGCGAAAAACAUCAAAAAUUGGUUUGUCAAAGUUCGCAAAAUCAAGGCGAUUUAUCAUACUCUGAACUUGUUCAAUUUGGACGUUACUCAAAAAUGCUUGAUAGCAGAAUGUUGGGUUCCGGUGCUCGAUUUUGAAAAUAUUCAAUUAGCUUUGCGGAGAGGUACCGAAAGGAGUGGCAGCUCGGUACCCCCGAUUUUGAAUCGGAUGGAAACUAUGGAAGAUCCCCCGACUUAUAAUCACACGAAUAAGUUUACAACAGGAUUCCAAACCCUGAUUGAUGCCUAUGGGAUUGCUUCCUACAGAGAAAUGAAUCCUGCACCCUAUACGAUUAUUACUUUUCCGUUUUUGUUUGCUGUGAUGUUUGGGGAUUUGGGACACGGUUUGUUGAUGGCAAUAUUUGGGGCUUGGAUGGUGCUUAAAGAGAAGCCUUUGGCAGCAAAAAAAUCUGAUAAUGAAAUUUGGAACAUUUUCUUCGGUGGACGCUAUAUCGUACUUUUGAUGGGUCUUUUCUCCAUGUAUACUGGUUUUAUCUAUAAUGAUGUUUUUUCAAAGUCUUUAAAUAUAUUUGGAUCAAAUUGGGUGGUUAAUAAUUUAACUGCAGAUUAUGUUUUAAAAGUAGAUGAUGUUAUGUUGGAUCCUGCUGAGGGAGACUAUCUUCAUCAUCCGUAUCCUAUUGGAUUAGAUCCAGUUUGGCAACUUGCGAAAAAUAAAAUUAUUUUUCAAAAUUCGUUUAAAAUGAAAAUUUCGAUUAUUUUAGGUAUCAUACACAUGUUGUUUGGUGUUUCAAUGAGUCUUUUUAAUUUUACGUAUUUCAAAAACAAACUUAGCAUUUUCUGCGAGUUUAUCCCACAAGUCAUAUUUUUAGUUUUCUUAUUCUUUUACAUGGUGCUCUUGAUGUUUAUCAAAUGGUUUAUGUAUUACUCCACCAACGACAAAACUUAUAUUAAGUACAGUCCUCGCUGUGCCCCCUCAAUCCUCAUCACCUUCAUCAAUAUGGUACUAAACAAAGAGACCAUCGUCGAUUCAGAGUGCGAUGCGACCAUGUAUGCUGGUCAAAUCCCCAUCCAAAAACUACUUUUCGUGUGUGCUGUAAUUUGCGUUCCUUGGAUGCUUCUCGCAAAACCCGUUUACAUCAUGCGUAACCGUCGCAAAAUGAACUAUUCGGUGUCUCACCAACAGAUGCAACAAGCUACAGGUAAUGGCGAUGCUGAACAACCAAUGCAUAAUAACACAUCUCAACCGGUUGCUGCUCAUGGAGGCGGCCAUGACGAAGAAGAUCUUGGGGAAAUGUUUAUCCAUCAGGGGAUUCACACUAUUGAAUAUGUGUUGGGUUCGGUUUCACACACCGCGUCUUAUUUGCGGUUGUGGGCAUUAUCUUUGGCUCAUGCUCAAUUGUCGGAAGUGUUGUGGAAUAUGGUUUUGAAUAAAGGAUUAGUUUUCGAUGGAUGGGAAGGAGGUGUUAUUCUUUAUAUUAUAUUCGCAUUUUGGGCUUGUUUGACAGUUUCGAUUCUUGUCUUGAUGGAGGGCUUGUCAGCGUUUUUGCACACCUUACGUCUUCAUUGGGUUGAAUUUCAAAGCAAGUUUUACUCGGGACAAGGCUACGCCUUCCUGCCUUUUUCAUUUGAAAAUCUUCUAGAUUCGGCUUCUCAAACAGCUGAAGAAUAAAUCUAUUUUAUUUAUUUAAUUUAAAAUACAAGUUAUCUAAAUAUAUAUUUUUUUCUA